AGGGAUAAACGCAUCGUUUUUGGUUUUAUAGUUCCUCUACUGGACACAUGUUCCAUUUUCGCUUUUUGACAUUUCGACUAAAAAACAGUACACAACCCACCAAACUCCAAGCUGAGAUCAAUGGAUCGGUGCUUGAAAUGAAGAGAGGAACUUCUUCGGUUCCAUUUGAUCCCACUCGUGUUACUCAACUCUCAUGGCACCCUAGGGCUUUCCUUUACAAAGGAUUUUUAUCAAGUGAGGAAUGCGAUCACCUUAUUACUCUGGCUAAGGAUAAAUUAGAGAAGUCAAUGGUGGCGGAUAAUGAAUCGGGUGAUAGCAUUGAGAGUGAAGUUCGAACCAGCUCUGGCAUGUUUCUUCAGAAAGCUCAGGAUGAAGUAGUUGCUGAUAUUGAAGCUAGGAUUGCUGCAUGGACCUUCCUUCCAGUAGAGAAUGGGGAGUCCAUGCAAAUACUACAUUACGAGAAUGGUCAAAAGUAUGAGCCACAUUUCGAUUAUUUUCAUGACAAGGCUAAUCAAGAGCUGGGCGGUCACCGUAUAGCCACUGUACUGAUGUAUUUGUCUGAUGUUGAGAGUGGUGGGGAAACUGUGUUUCCAAAUGCAGAGGGAAAACUUUCUCAGCCAAAGGAUGAUAGCUGGUCAGAUUGUGCAAAAAAUGGAUAUGCAGUGAAACCCAGAAAAGGUGAUGCAUUACUAUUCUUCAGUCUUCAUCUUGAUGCAACAACUGAUUCCGACAGUUUGCAUGGAAGUUGCCCAGUGAUAAAGGGUGAGAAAUGGUCUGCAACAAAAUGGAUCCAUGUCAGGUCAUUCGAUACGGCAAAGAGGCAGUCUGUAAAUGGAGAUUGUGUUGAUGAGAACGAGAAUUGUGCUACCUGGGCUUCAGCGGGUGAGUGUGAAAAGAACCCUAGUUACAUGAUUGGUUCCGAAGACUAUUACGGAUAUUGUAGGAAGAGUUGUAAGGUAUGCUCCUCGUAAAAAGUUGUUUCCCAAAGAUCAAUGGUUGAAGCUUUUAAUAGCUGUAUAUACAGACACAUUUUUGAGUUAUGCUCGAUGCACACACAUUUUUGAGGACUUGAAUCAGUGAAGUUUCAUAUAUUAUAUCGAGGAUGGUUAUUGGUUAUUAUA